CGCGCGCCCGCAGACGUCAGGGACCCGCGCGCCAGGCCGCGGGGCCGCCGCUCCGCCCGUGGGCUCGGCCGGGGCUGCCGCGAGCGUGCGGGCCGCGCCGGGCAUGUCCUAGGCGGCGGCCCCGCCCAGCGCUCGGCCGGCAGGUGCGGGCGGGAGGGCCGGGGCCGCGCCGGGGCCGAGCCGCAGGGCCAGACGGGCCUUGCCUUCGCCAAGAUGAGCGUCACCUCCUGGUUCCUGGUGAGCAGCGGUGGCACCCGCCACCGGCUCCCGCGAGAGCUCAUCUUCGUGGGGCGUGAUGAGUGUGAGCUUAUGCUGCAGUCCCGCAGCGUGGACAAGCAGCAUGCCGUCAUCAACUACGACCAGGACAGGGACGAACACUGGGUGAAGGACUUGGGCAGCCUGAACGGGACGUUCGUGAAUGAUGUGCGCAUCCCGGACCAGAAGUACGUCACGCUGAAGCUCCACGAUGUCAUCCGGUUCGGCUAUGAUUCCAACAUGUACGUGCUGGAGCGUGUGCAGCACCGGGUCCCCGAGGAGGCGCUCAGGCACGAGAAGUACACUAGCCAGCUGCAGGUGAGCGUCAAGAGCCCGGCACCCAGGAAGGGCGAGGCACUGCCCCAGCACACCCCCUACUGCGAGUCCUCGAGCCCCAGGCCGGAGAGGGCGGACCGGAGGCCGGGAGCAGAGGCAGCAGCCUACCGGACCCCUCUGUACGGACAGCCCUCCUGGUGGGGCGAGGACGAGGGCGACAGUCCGUGUGAGGACCGGCGCCCGGAGGAGCCCGACCCAGAGCGGCCCAAGGAGCCCUCGCAGCAGGACAGGGAGCUGGCCGGGACAAUGGCGGGCUUCCGGGCUGCAGCGGAGCCUCCCAGCUACGCGUUCAGGCGGGAGCCCAGUUACUUCGAGAUCCCCACGAAGGAGGCCCCGCCACCACGGCCCCCCGAGGCGCCGGUGCAGGAGGCCCCCACCAAGGACGUGGAGCCCGGCGUGGCCGGUGCAGCCCCCGUGGUACAGAGCCACGCCUCCUUCACUAUCGAAUUUGACGACGGCAGCCCCGGCAAGGUUAAGAUCAAGGACCACGUCACCAAGUUCUCCCUGCGCCAGAGGAGGCCGCCCGGCAGGGAGGCCACGCCUGCGGAGGCCGUCUCUGCGGAGACCAAGGUGGCCGACUGGCUGGUGCACAAUGACCCCAGCCUGCUGUGCCGGGCCGGCCCCGGUGACGACCGCCACAGCACCAAGAGUGACCUGCCCGUGCACACCCGCACCCUCAAGGGCCACAAGCACGAGGACGGCACACAGAGCGACUCGGAGGACCCCACGGCCAAGGCGGCGGCGGCCGGGGUCCCCGCGGAGGGCGGCGGGGCGCAGGUGCGGCUGCAGAGGCAGCUGAAGCGGGACCCCCAGGAGCUGCUGCACAACCAGCAGGCCUUUGUCAUCGAGUUCUUCGACCAGGACGCGCCCCGCAAGAAGCGCUCCCAGUCUUUCACGCACACCCCUGCCGGGGACCCCAAGGCCGACAAGCGCCGAGGCCCCGGGCCGGCCGACAGGGACCGCCCCGGCGCCCUGGCCCCGGCCCCGGCGCGGGGGACGGGCGGCAGCUCGGGGCCACAGCGGGCCAGCUCGCUCAAGCGGGAGAGGACAGAGGAGCGGCUGGGGGGGUCCUCGCCCGCCCCCCGGGCCUCCCCGCGGCCCUUUGGCAGUGUGGGGCGCCGUUCCCGUCUGGCCCAGGACUUCAUGGCUCAGUGCGCGUGGGACGGCUCCCCUGCCGCCCGGCCCGGCCCUGACAAGGCAUCCCCGGAGUCGCCUGCCCCUGAGACCCCCCGUGGGGCCAGCCCCGUGGCCCCUGAGACCCCGCCGCCACCCCCCGCUGACCCCCAGCUGACCAAGGCUCGGAAGCAGGACGAGGACGACAGCCUGAGCGACGCGGGGACUUACACCAUCGAGACGGACGUGCAGGAUCCGGAGGUGGAGGAGGCCCGCCAGAUGAUCGACCAGGUCUUUGGGGUACUUGAGUCUCCCGAGCUCUCCAGGGUGUCCUCGGCCACCUUUCGUCCGGUCAUCCGAGGGGACAGAGACGCGGCCGGUGACGGGGUGGCCCAGCGCAUGGCCCUCCUGCAGGAGUUUGCCUCCCGGCCAGUGGGCAUAGACCCCCAAGGGGGGCUCCAGGGCCUCACGGUGCCGGGCUCCCCCGGGGGUCAGAAGUGGGUGUCCCGCUGGGCCAGCCUGGCUGAUAGCUACUCAGACCCAGGCCUGGCAGAAGAGGGCCCUGGGCGCAGAGCCGGGGAGCUCGAGGGGGCUCUGCCCGUGCGCCAGCGACGGCUACUCCCACAGCUGCCCGGCGACAGGGCAGACAGCCCUGGGGGCCUUGAGGCCACCAGGAGGAGCGGCCCCGGGCCUCCGGAGCCGGGCAGUGAGCAGGCCAGCUGCCUCUUGGGCCAGGAGGACUUGGAGCCUGACAGCCUCAGCGAUGCCAGUGGGUCAGAUGGUGGGCGGGGCUCCGAGCUGGGCGGGGCCCCGCGUGAGGAGAGACGCAGGAGCCCCCAGGAGGGACCGGCGUGGACGAAGGGCCGGCGCUCGCCAAGGGCCCCCGGGGAGCCAGCCCCCACCUCUUUCUUCAUUGGGGACCAGAACGGGGAGGCGGCCUUCCCUAGGAAACCGUCUGUGGCUCCAGGGGAGGCGGAGGGCCCAGGACGGGUGGCCCAGGCCAGCCCCCCGGUGAGGGACGGCGUCUACGUGAGCACCAGCGGGAGGAUGGUCAUCCAGCUGCGGACAGGGCGGUCCCCGGAGCCCGAGGGCUCUGCCCCGGCCUUGGUGCGGCAGGAGAGCUUCAGCAAGGAGCCGGCCACUGGCCCCCCGGCGCCUGGCCAGCUUCCACACAUUUCCAGCCACCCCCUCCUGCAGGACCUGGCUGCGGCCCGGGCCUCACGCACGGACCUCCACCCUCAGGACACCCACCUGAUUCUGAAGGAGACGGAGACGGCCCUGGCAGCCCUGGAGGCCCGACUGCUCUCCAAGCCCACGGAUGAGACCGAGGGCCAGAUGGGCAGUGCCCCCGGGCCGCCGGACGACUCCCUGUCCGGGGACUCUGACGUGGACACGGCUAGCACUGUGAGCUUGCUCAGCGGUAAGAACGGGCCCAGCCCGACCGGCACCCAGCCCACGGGGCUGCAGAAGGACAAGCCGCCGUCCCCGCCGGCAACACAGGACCCGGGGACCGUCUCCUUGAACAGCGCCCGGGACCGGCUGUCAGAGAAGCGUCGCCCGCCGGGCCCUACCGACGCGAGGCGCGUGGCUGCGCGGCGUGGCCCUGGGCCCCGGGUGCCCUCGGACUGGCCUGAUGAAGAACGAGGCUCGGGCCCGGCCCACCCGCCUGGCACGGACACGGUCACCUGUGACCACGAGCCCCCCGCGGCCAGCGGGGCAGGGCGGCCAGGGCCUCGCCGGAAGCCUGCGGCCCCACCGCCGUCUCCAGCCACCCGGGAGGAGCCAGGCCGAGGCCCCACGGGCUCCCAGAAGGCACAGCAGGUGCUGACCCGCUCCAACAGCCUGUCCACCCCCCGGCCCACGCGGGCCUCCCGGCUGAGGCGGGCCCGGCUGGGGGAUGCCUCGGACACAGAGGCUGCAGACGGGGAACGGGGAACCCCAGCCAACCUGGAGCCGGUGGGCCGGCCGGCUGCCGAGCAGGCCAAGAAGUUGUCACGCCUGGACAUCCUGGCCAUGCCGCGGAAGCGGGCCGGGUCCUUCACGGGGCCCGGCGACUCGGAGGCGGCCCCUGCCCGGGCCGGCUUCUCCGGCCGCAGCGUCGAGCUGUACUGCGCUGGCCGCAAGCCCGUCAUGGCCGAGGCGCGGGCCGCUGCCAGGAAGGCCGCCAGUUCCACCACGGUGCCCCGCCAGCCCUUCAGCAGGGCCCGCCCGGGCAGCGCCCGAUACUCCUCGCCCAGCACACGCCGGCGGCAGCAGGGCUCAGACUGCACGUCCACGUCCGAGGAGGAGUACGGCUCCCCCAAACACGCACGCGCCCGCACCUCGGCAGCCACGCAGACCCCACGGGCCGGCAACUCUGGCCGGACCCGACCCCGGGUCCCUGGCCUCCGGGACACGGACGACGAGGAGGAGGAUCCCGACCCCUACGGUUUUAUUGUGCAGACGGCAGAGAUUGCGGAGAUUGCCAGGCUGAGCCAGACGCUAGUGAAGGACGUGGCCAUCCUGGCCCGGGAGAUCCAUGACGUGGCCGGGGACGGCGACUCGUUGGGCUCACCGGGGCCCGCCCGUAGCCCCUCCCUCAGCAACGCGCCCAGCACCCCUGCCUCAACCAUCUCCGCCCGUGAGGAGCUGGUGCAACGAAUCCCUGAGGCCAGCCUCAACUUCCAGAAGGUGCCACCUGGCCCCCUGAGCUCUCGGGACUUGGACCAGAAUAUGAACGACCGCUGUGAGGACCCCCUCGCCAACAAGAUGCGGCCUUGGAACCGUGAGGAGGUGAUCUUUGACAACCUGAUGCUCAACCCCGUGUCCCAGCUGUCCCACGCCAUCCGAGAGAACACGGAGCACCUCGCCGAGAAGAUGAAGAUCCUCUUUCAGAACACAGGCCGUGCCUGGGAGGAGCUGGAAGCCAGGAUCAACUCGGAGAACGAGGUGCCCAUCCUGAAGACGUCCAACAAGGAAAUCAGCUCCAUCCUGAAAGAACUGAGGCGCGUACAGAAGCAGCUGGAAGUCAUCAACGCCAUCGUGGACCCCAGCGGGAAUCUGGACCUGCUGACCGGAAACCGGGGCGCUGCGGGCUCGGCCCAGCUUGGGAAAGGCCGGCCGGCCGCCCAGAGCCCAGCGUCGCCCCCCUUGGCCCUGCCUCUGAGGAGCUGCCCGCCGCGGGCGAACUGUGGGUCCCCCGGCCUCCCGGACCCCGCCUUCCUCCCCGACUUCCUCCCUGACGCGGAGAGGUUCCUGAUCUAGGCGGUGGGGGCCGCGGCGGUCCCCCUGUGCCCCGGGGCCGGCGCCGCCAGCCCUCUUUAUCCGCCACUGUGGCCCUUCCCGGCUGCGGACGGUUCACGCGGAGCCCCCCGCACGUGCCAUAACCCCUGGGCAGGGGCCUCGGUUCCCCAGGCCCCUCCCUAGCUCCCAGCAGCACCCCAGCUGGACGGGCCGGCCCGCGG